AUGCCGUGCCAGAAGCAGAUGGACAAGCACGCUGGCAAGCUCGAUGCAGCUCACAAAGCCGUGGAACUGAUGUCGAGGAAGUGGCUCAAGGGCGACUGUUUGGGACUCGUCGACGAAGUCUAUCAUGUCUGGUCCAAGUAUGCCCUGAAACGGGCUGAGUCGGAGAAGAAGCUGAAUUCAGUCAAGAUGUCGGUGGCCAAAUGGGCUCGUGGCGAUGCCAAGGGAGUCCUGGUGACGGUCUUUAUGGGCUGGAAGCAAGAUGCGAAAACCGCGGCUGCAGAUAGAAGGAUGGAGGAAGCCCUUUUGAAUGAGCAAGCGAAGCUGGAAGAGAUCCUGGCGACCUGGCUUGGGGAUGGCGGCUGCCCAGCGCGCGGGCCGGGUGCCCAGCUUUGCGGCGCUGUGACAACGGCUUGCGGAGUCGGAUGUGGACAAGUUCUACUACCGACAGGCUAUGAUUUGAGAGUCAAGGAGGGUCUGCUGCCGGGUCUGCUCUCACAGACUUGCCCCGGAAAGAAGAAAUACGACUACUACUUACGGCGAGCCUUUGAGUUCAAAGAUGACUCCGAUGCAUGCCGGCAGUUCCUCGAAGUGGCGGUGGAGAUAAGCCCCGAGAACACCUCAGUAGCCUCCCGAGCACAGGCAUCGCCGUGCGACUUCAAGGAGCUGUUGCUGACCCCGUCCAGCGCGGACGAGUUGGCAAUUGGCCCGGUGAGGCGCUGGGCUGAGACUCCGUGGCCAAGCUGCGCGAAGCCCGCGGAUGCCAAGGCACUGACGCUCUUUGCCACGCCGCUGGGAUUUUUGCACAUCUCAGACCUGGGUCUGGCAGACUGGCAGAAGACGCUGCAUCGCUUUGGCACACUGGCCAUGAAGAAAUUUACCCAGGUCCAGCAGGAAAACGGGGAGGCUUUCGUCAAUGUGAACAAUCAUUUCUUCCAGCACCAGGACACAAAUCCCUUCGCAGCUAUGGAGUCGCCUGAUUCCUGGCCGGAGCUUUACAAGAGCCGGGAAUACAAAGAAUGGGCGGAAAUGAGCAUCGAGAUUUGCAUGUCCUUCCUGGACAAGUUGGGCGUGCCGUUGACCAAGGAGGAAAGAGAAGAAAUGGAGGUGGUCACGUGGGCAGCAGUGUAUCCUACGAUGAAGCCGAACGACCCAGUCACGCAUUACUACCAUGCGCACCAGGAGUCUAUCGUCAGCUUUGUCCUCUACGUGAAAAUGCCUGAGCCGACGACACCUUUAACAAUCUCCGACCCGCGGGGUGCUCCGCCGAUCGAAGAUUUCGAGUGGUUCCAGGACCGGGGUGAUAUGGGUGUGGACAGCGAACCUCCGUUCCACCGGCCUGCGGCCUUCUAUGCAGAGGAGGGCGACGUCCUGAUUUUCCCCUCCUUCGCCAUUCACAAGGUCCCGCCGCACAUCGGGAAGGGCACCCGCGUCGUGUUCCCAUCGAACUGCCACCUGCCAAAGAAACGCAGGAAGUUGUCUGGCAAGCACAAGGGGAGCGAGAGCCCCCUGGAUGGUUGGGAGCGCGUCGCCAAGCCCGAGGCACCCGCAGCACGGCCUGCGGCGGUGGCGAGCUACGCUGCGCAUGCCAAGGCUGCGUUGGACUUGGCCGAGAAGCUGAAGGAUCCGUACAUGAAGAUGUGGGAGGUGCAGAACCAAGUUGUGGCCAUGCUCCAAUUCGGGGCGUCAGAUGCCACGGCUUGGCUUGCGGCAGGGAACAUCUCUGCCCGCGUCGCUGUGAUCCUCGACAUGCGAGGCGAGGGCCAGUACUACUUGGAUGCUGCUCUAAUGUUCGCCCGUGCCAUCCUGCUUGAUCCGAGCAUUCGUCCCAGAGUGGAGCAAUGCCUGAAAGACCUCAUCCCGCAGAAGGUCCCCAAGAAGUACAAGGCUGCUUACACUGCGCUGAUGCACUGGAGGAAGCUGAUCAUCUCAUGGGGCGACACGCCACCGGAGGUGGAGUUUUCGCAGUUCCUCCACCCCGCGCUGAACGGGGCAGAUCGCUGCAGCCGCAUGUGCCCCCAGCACAGAGAGCCAGCUCUCAGGACGUUGCGGCUGCUGCGAGUGUUCGGCACUCAGGUUUACGUCCUUCAGACGAGGCAACUCCGAGAGGUGGAGGAGGCCGUCGCAAAGCUGCUGGAGGCCGACGUCCCCAGAGCAGCCAUAGUAUCCUCUCCGACUUCAGUGGAUGCAGAGGGUCCCUGGCGGGAGAACCGGAGCGCUUCGAUGCUGGCAGUUCUAUGCGAUGGGUCAGCAUCGAUGAGCUUCGCCGACCCGCGGGGUAGGUGGAGCCGCAAUUGGCCAGGCAGUGUUCCGAUGAAGGGCGAGCUCCUGGGCCUCGAGCCCAAGGCCCCGUUUCACUGGCACAGCGAGGUCCACUGCAAGGAAGGUGAAGCGAUCUUAUUCCCUGGGUGGCUACGCUACAAACUCUCCAGCGCGGAGACUGUGCGUGCAUACUCUUUGGCGGCUCUGGGCAGUGCCGGGGCGCAAGCUGGAGCUCCCUUGGGCCAACGGGCGCCACGGCCACCACCGCUUUGCAUGGACUCGUCCUCCGCAGGUCCUGGUGCUCCCCGCACCGAGCUCUAG